UUUAUGAGCAGUCGUAUUCGUCAAAUCGCCCCAGCCUAAGCCCUAGAGACUUUUUUCUGCAGCUGUAAUAUUUUCUGCUCGUUACUCCCUUCUACGCUUGCGUCUUUGAAUCGUCGCCCAAGCAUCACAGUAUGGGGAGAGAGAUUGUUGGACAGCAGCAGCCUUCAACGCUGUCUUACACGGUGGAGCAGCUCCUCAUCGUCAAUCCUUACAAUCCCGACAUUCUUCCUGACCUCGAGAACUACGUCAAUGAACAGGUUUCUUCAAAGACUUACAAUUUGGAUGCGAAUCUUUGCCUUUUGCGCCUUUAUCAGUUUGAGCCUGAGAGAAUGAGUACACAAAUCGUUGCUCGCAUUUUGGUCAAGGCCCUCAUGGCAAUGCCAGCUCCAGAUUUCAGCCUUUGUCUUUUCUUAAUCCCAGAACGAGUGCAAAUGGAAGAACAAUUCAAGACGCUGAUUGUUCUCUCACACUACUUAGAGACAUCAAGAUUCCACCAAUUUUGGGAUGAGGCAUCUAAGAGCCGUCAUAUUCUAGAUGUUGUUCCUGGUUUUGAACAAGCAAUCCAAAUGUAUGCGAUUCACGUUCUUUCACUGAGUUACCAAAAGGUCCCACGGACUGUUCUUGCAGAGGCCAUCAAUAUGGAAGGCCCAUCUCUGGAUAAGUUCCUUGAACACCAAGUGUCCAAAAAUGGAUGGGUCAUAGAGAAAGAUCAGAGCAGGAGCCAACUCAUCACCCUCCCCAAAAACGAGUUCAACUGUCCAUCACUAAAGAAAAUCACAACCGAAGCUGUCCCAUUGGAACAUGUUACACGCAUCUUCCCCAUACUUGCCUGAUUUAUUAGAGUGAAUUCUCCACUAAAAUCAGCUAUUUAUUUAGUGAGAGAGAUCAGACAAACAUGACCGGCAGCAACAGUUGUGCAAAUCGGCUAUUUCUACAACUGCUUGCUUUUUCUUUUGAGCCGUGGUUGUCAUUGCACUUUCUUUUAACACAUGCUACAACAUGAAAUGUUAAGAACCUUGUGUCUUGUAUGUGUACUCUGCCCAACACAUGAAUUUUCAUUAUUCUUUGAACUCGCGCUGAUUGCUAUAGUUUUACGGUUUUACCUGGUUGUGGUUUCUGAUUGAACCCAGCCUGGUAAACUACUGGCCUGUUUCUUUAGGAUUGGAACUAGAACUGGUCUAAUCCAGUAUAUCAUGUGUAGCCCAUUAAUAUGUUUUAAUAUUUAUCCAUAUCCUCAA